AUGAUCGUGCAUAUCUUAGGAUCGAUCCGUCUGCACCCUCAGCUUCUUCCUCAUGCAGCCAGGAACCUGCGAGACCGCUCUUGGAAAUGCUUGGCUCCAGCCCGACGCCUUCUUCACAAGGGGGUUCCAAGGGCCCAGGAACCAGCCAACUCAGCGAUGGCGCUGAAACGCAUACAGAAAGAGUUGCAGGACUUGGGAAAUGACCCACCCGCGAAUUGCUCCGCCGGCCCGGUAGGGGAUGAUAUGUUCAACUGGCAGGCCACCAUCAUGGGCCCACCAGACUGCCCGUACUCGGGCGGUGUCUUCUUCUUGAACAUCAACUUUCCCUCAGACUACCCCUUCAAGCCGCCAAAGGUGCAUUUCACCACGAAGAUCUACCACUGCAACGUGAAUUCGAAUGGGGCAAUCUGCCUGGACAUCCUGAAGGAUCAGUGGAGCCCAGCACUGACAAUCUCGAAGGUGCUUCUCUCCAUCUCGUCCCUGCUGACUGACCCCAACCCUCAGGAUCCGCUCGUGCCGGAAAUUGCGCAGGUCUACUUGAAGGACCGUGCAAAGCACGACACCACCGCGCGUGAGUGGGUUCAGAAGUAUGCGACCUAG